AUGGGGCUAUCGAACUACGAGCAGAAGCCGUUUGACCCAAUCACGGUGAAGCCCAACGAUAAGAAGCGUGUUGCGUACUUCUACGAUGCCGAUGUUGGUAACUAUGCCUACGGUGCAGGUCAUCCGAUGAAACCACAUAGAAUAAGAAUGGCACAUUCUCUUAUAAUGAACUAUGGGCUCUAUAAGAAGAUGGAGAUCUAUAGGGCCAAGCCUGCUACGAAGCAGGAGAUGUGUCAGUUCCACACAGACGAGUACAUUGACUUCCUAUCUCGUGUCACGCCAGAUAACCUGGAGAUGUUCCAGAAGGAGAGUGUCAAGUUCAAUGUUGGAGAUGACUGUCCGGUAUUUGACGGUCUGUACGAGUUCUGUGGUAUCAGCGGUGGUGGGUCGAUGGAGGGUGCUGCCCGGCUGAACAGGGGGAAGUGCGACAUUGCUAUCAACUAUGCUGGUGGAUUGCACCACGCUAAGAAGUCAGAGGCUUCAGGGUUCUGCUACCUGAACGAUAUUGUGCUGGGUAUCAUCGAGCUCUUGAGGUAUCACCCUCGUGUGCUGUAUAUCGACACGGACGUGCAUCACGGAGAUGGUGUUGAAGAGGCGUUUUACACGACGGACCGUGUCAUGACGUGUUCAUUCCACAAGUAUGGUGAAUUCUUCCCAGGUACCGGUGAGCUGCGUGAUACCGGUGUGGGCAAGGGUAAGAACUACGCCGUUAACGUGCCAUUGAGAGACGGUAUUGACGAUGCAACGUAUAGAUCCAUUUUUGAGCCUCUGAUCUCGAAGAUCAUGGAGUGGUACCAGCCUUCCGCUAUAGUGCUGCAGUGUGGUGGAGAUUCCCUGAGUGGUGAUAGACUGGGUUGCUUCAACUUGUCCAUGAGAGGCCAUGCCAACUGUGUCAACUUCUGUAAAGGGCUGGGAGUCCCACUGAUGGUUGUUGGCGGAGGUGGCUACACUAUGAGAAACGUUGCUAGAACGUGGGCUUUCGAAACAGGGUUGCUGAACAGUGAGAUCCUUUCCGAGGACUUGCCCUUCAACGACUAUUAUGAGUACUACGGGCCAGACUAUAAGCUUGAUGUGAGACCUUCGAAUAUGUACAACGCAAACAGUCCAGAGUACUUGGAUAAGAUUCUAACCCAGAUCUUUUCGAAUCUUGAGCAUACAAAGUUUGCCCCAAGUGUUCAAAUACAGGACGUUCCAAGGGAUGUUGAGCUAUACGACGAUGAGGAUGAAGACAUGCCGGAGGCUAUUGAUACCAAAGGUGGUUCUCAAUUCGCCAGAGAUCAGAUAGUUGAGGCAAAGAAUGAGUUUUACUGA